AUGAAGUUGCCAAAUUUGUCUGUCUUAUUACUUCUGUCUCACUGGCUAAAUUUCUUUUCCUUCUCUCAUCUCACUCACUGUUCAACAGCAUUUCUCAUUGACUUUCUUUAUCUGUCUCUGCUUGUCCAUAUUACCCUUAUAGUUUCUAUGUUCCAUAGCUUACAAACUAUCUCUUUCUUUCUCUUCGUAUCUCCUUUCCUUUUUCAUUUUUGCUUUUCUAGCUUUUGUCAUUCUUUCCAAUACUUAUCCACCUCUGCUCUCUCUCUCUCUCUCUCUUUCUCUCCUUCCUUCCUGUACUUCCCUGCCUUUACUACCUUGCCCUUUCUUUCCUGUACUACCUUGCCUCUGCUCUUUUCUCUUCUUUCUUUUUCAUAUUUCCCUGUCUUCACUCUCUCCUCUCUUUCUCACCACCACUCUCUCUCUCUUUCCUGUACUUCUCUGCAUCUGCUCUUUUUCCUUUCUUUCUUGUACUUCCCCCACUUCUACUCUCACUCUCUCUCCCUUUCCCAUAGUUACCCACCUUUGCUCACUCGCUCUCUCUUUUCCUGUAGUUCCCCACCUCACUAUUUCUCUUUCCUUCUCCACCUCUCUUUUACUUCUGUUCUGCUCUCGCUUAUUUCUCCUCCCUUCUUUCUUACUACAUCUUCCCUCUCUCUUUCUCAUACUACCCCUCUUUCUGCUCUAUUUUUCUUUAGUUCCCCUCUUUCUUCCUUCAUGCCUGUAAUUUCCCACUUUCUCUCUCUUUCUAAGGACAAAUACUAUACAAAAUUUUGUUUUUGCAAAAGAAAACUUUAUUUUCCGCGAGUUUCAAUUCAAUUUCUCUUUCCUUUCUCCCUACCUUCUUUACCCCAUCCGUUCCUCUCACUCGAUUCACUGCCUUAUUUAUUUAUUUUUUUAAUCUCCAACAGCUUAUCCUCAAACCUCCUUACAUGCUCCCCCCACACCAUUGCCUUCUCCCCCGCCUCUGCAUCACUAACAUCAUUCCCCAAAGUAGUAGUUCCUCUGAUAUAA